AUGUCCACACCAACAGAGCGCAAGUUACUACCUGCCUGGGCCAUACCCCUCUUGCAGGUCGCCGUCAUUGCUCUGACCGUCCUCCGACCUUCCGUGCCUCUUCGUCUUGCCCUCACGCUCAUAUUCGCCAACUAUGUCUACGUGCUGCUCAUGCACCAUAGCACAGGAGAUGGCGCGGUGCACGACUCCACCAUAGGGGGAGUUAUCGGAAAUGCAGCCUACAGUGUCGUGGUCUAUGCGUGGCUGUGUGACCCUGUCAAAGACUGGCAUUAUCGUGGAGAGAAAGGUCCUUCCGGCACCCACAUCUCCUUCUCAAGCAAGGUAUACAAAGUGACGUGUGUGAUCGUGAACACACGUCUCAUCGGCUGGAACAACGAGGUACCCAACGUACCGCCCGCCACAGCUUCGCGGUCGCACGGCGAGUUUCUGCGGCAUAGGCUCCUCCGAGUGCUGCAGUGCCUUCUCUACAUCGAUCUCGCGCAAUCAUACGUGCACCUGCAGCCGCUCUUUUCGUUCCAAGGGACAGACGCCUUCCCAACAGGUGGGAAAGGCGUCUUGUUGCAAUUCUUAUGCCUCUUCGCAUGGUAUGUCAAUGUUUACGCCACUAUGAAACUUCUUCAUACGGCGGUGGCAAUCGUAUGUGUCGCUACGGGGCUCUUCAACGGCAAUCCGGAGGAUUGGCGCCCUGCGUUCGGGAACUGGUCGGACGCGUACACGCUACGACGCUUCUGGGGGAGAACGUGGCACCAGUUCAUGCGCGUGCUAUUCAGAGCGACAGGCCAAACCCUCGUGUCGACCUUCGGUUUCAAGAAAGGCGGCUGGGCGUCAUCGCAGACCCAGCUGUACGCCGCGUUCUUCGCCUCGGGCCUGAUACACACCGCAUGCGACGCCAUGGUCGGGAAGGAAUAUAUCGGCACCCGGAUGAAGUUCUUCAUGGCGAACGCCGUCGCGAUCACGUUCGAGGACGCUGUCAUCGGUACAGCGCGUCGGCUCGGGAUUGGGGCAGAGGCGCCAGCAAGGUGGAUGAAGUGCAUAGGGUAUAUGUGGGUGGCGGUGUGGUUCUACCACGCGUGCCAGCCGGAGAUGCACUACAUCCUCCCGCUGGGGGCAGCGGAGGAAGAGGUGCUGCCGUUCUCCCUCGUGCGCUUAUAUGCGCCGGCGUUCGUGUGA